AUGGCCGACUUACUGGUUGUACCGUUUAAAAAAUCUUCUGAUGUUGAUAUAGUAAAACCACUCAAAAAUUUAAUUCAAGCCAAUUACAAUAACAAAAAUGGCAGUGAAAAUCUAGGAGAUGCUAUCGUUGAACUUGGACGACUUCGUACCAAUGCUAUAUGGAAAGUUUUUGAGAAGUCUUCGCUCGAUGUUCUUUACAGUUACUAUGACCAACUGGUGUCACUGGAGAGCAAAAUCCCAGCACAUGAAGUUCAAAUUCCUUUUAAAUGGAAAGAUGCUUUCGACAAGGGUUCGAUAUUUGGUGGGCGAAUGAGCCUUACAAUCAGUUCAAUAGCAUAUGAGAAAAUGUGUAUUUUAUUCAAUAUUGGCGCUAUGCAGAGUUCUAUAGCAGCUCAGCAACCCCUUGACACUGAGGAAUCCUUAAAACUAGCAGCUAAAAUGCUUCAGCAGGCAGCUGGAGUCUUUGCCUACCUUAAGGGGAACAUCAUGAUGGCUGUCCACCAAGAAACAACACCAGACCUUAACCCUGAUACUCUGAAUGCACUAUCACAGCUCAUGCUGGCUCAAGCACAAGAAGUAAUAGCCUAUAAGUGCAUUCGUGAUGAGAUGAAGGAAAGUAUGGUGGCUAAAGUGUGUGCCCAGUGUGAUGAGUUAUACACUGAUGCACAACGGUCUCUCCAAAAAGAAGGGGUCAAGGCUUUGUGGGACCGAGACUGGAUUGCUACAGUGACAAAUAAACAGUCAACAUUUCGUGGGCUGACUCAUUAUUAUCAGGCAAAGGUGUGUCAUGAAAAUAAAUCUGUUGGAGAAGAGAUUGCCCGAUUACAGGUGGCGAUUGAUCUAUUGAAGAACAGUGGCAGCGGAUGGGGCGGCGGACGAGUGGCGGACGUGGCGCGGGCAGCCACGCGAGGUCUGGCGGCGGCUACCCGCGACAACGACUUUAUCUACCAUGAGCGCAUACCAGAAGCCGCCGCACUGGAGCCGGUCCCGCGGGCGUCUGUGGCCAAACCACUCCCGCCGCCAUCUCGCUGGGAUUCCUCUUCGCGAGACCUGUUCGCCGACCUGCUGCCUUUGGCCGUCCACACCGCGAUGCAAGCUAGCUCCACUCGCUGCGGAGAGAUCGUCUACGCCGAGGUCGACAAGCUGCGGGACGCCACGCAGCUGCUCAAUAGCAUUCUCGCAUCACUCAAUCUACCCGCCUGCAUCGAGAGUGCUGCUCCAGGCUCGCUGCCUGAUUCCAUUCGCGAGAAGGCGCGCGCGGUGCAGGAGCGAGGCGGCGUCACGGCCUUGAGCUCGCUCAUGGCCGAGUUGCCGGAGCUGCUGCAGCGGAACCGCGACAUCUUAGGCGAGGCCGAUCGCAUGCUGCGGGAAGAGUCCGAAGCGGACGACGCCCUGCGCUCUCAGUUCGGAUCGCGAUGGUCUCGCACGCCAUCCGAGCGGCUCACGGAGGCCUUCCGCGCCAACCGCGACAAAUACACGCAGAUCAUCGACAACGCGGUGCGCGCCGACGCCAUCGUGCAGCAAAAGUUCCAGCAGCACCGCGAGGCCAUGGAGUUGCUGAGCCGGGGGGAGGCGGCUCUCGAUGCUGACGUUCCCGCUGCACCCGCUUCUUCGGCCGCCUCUGACGGAGAGCCGCUCGUCAAACUACGUACGCUAAUGGACUCCGUUGAAGCAUUGAAGGCGGAACGCGAUGAGAUCGAAAGCUUAUUGAAGGACUCGACCGUAGACUUGCGUGACAAGUUCAUAGCCGCUCUGGCGGAAGACGGAGCCUUGGAUGAGCCGGCAAUAUCGACAGCGGCCGUGGGUUCAGCGCUUGCGCCGCUGCAGCGUCGUGUCACAGAAACCCUGAAGACUCAGGAGCGGCUUGUAGCGGAGUUGCAGCAAGCGCAUUCGGCGCUGAUGGACUCCCGCGGUGGUGCUAGCGGUCGGGACGCGGCUUUAGGCAAACUGUGCGCUGCGCACGAUGCUUAUCAGGAGUUGACUGGCAAUCUGCAGGAGGGAGUCAAGUUCUACAAUGACCUAACACAGCUGCUCCUGGCUUUCCAAAACAAAGUGUCCGACUUCUGCUUCGCUCGUAAGACGGAGAAGGAAGAGCUGCUCAAAGAUCUAACUCAAGAGGCGUCCCGUCCCGCCCAACGAUCGGCGCCCGCGGCACCUCAGCAUCAUACUGAUGCUGCCGUGUCAGAGCCGUCGGUUACAAAGAAAGAAGCACCCCCGCGGCCCCCUCCGCCUACGCCCUCAGUCAGUACACUACCAUACCCGGCCCAGCCUCAGGGCAUGCCGCUCCCGUAUGGUGCUCCAGCUGCGCCGUACCCAGUGUACGCCCCCAUGCCGGCCAUGUACAACCCGUACGCUACGCUACCCUACCCCCAUCACAUGAGAGCUGCGCCACCACCACAGCAGUACCAGCCCUACCAGUACCCGCCACCACCCGCUGGCUACCCGCACGCGCCAUCUGCCGGAUACAACCCCUACCCACAGUAA